UAUAUAACCACAAAUUUGUGAACAUCAACACCAGCUGUAGCAUUCUAACUCGUCCAUCUCCAUUUGCCUAACCCCAAACCCAACGAACAGAUUUUUCAUGCCCCAAUUUGCUCAAUAUUUUCUCUCUCUAGAUUACUCCCCCAUUUCUUCUCUCUGCUAAAUCUCAAUCUCUCCUCCACUCAUUUUCACCCCACCCCCUUAAAUCUCAAUUAUCCCCCAAUUUCCCCCAAAUCCAAUUGGUGUGUUUGCUUCUGUUACCGAUUUGAUCAUCACCGUUACUGUAUGGGGUGAGGUGGCAACGGCGUCGUAUUGUGGUUGAGGUAUUUGAUGGAGUGGGACAGUGACGCAGAGUCUGAUCUGAGCAGCGACGGCGAGUUGGAGGAGUUUGGAGAGGGUUCUGGGUUUCUGUUGAGGAAGAGAGGCGGCGGCGGCGGAUUGCCGUUCCCUGUGGAUAAGCUUCUGCAACCGGCGCCGUGUGGAUUCGUUGUUGCCGAUGCUUUGGAGCCGGGCAAUCCUAUUAUUUACGUCAAUUCCGUGUUUGAGAUGGUUUUUGGCUACCGCGCGGAGGAAGUUAUCGGUCGCAACUGCCGGUUCUUGCAAUGCAGAGGCCCAUUUGCCAAGCGAAGGCACCCACUCGUGAACCCCACAGUAGUUUCCGAAAUAAGAAGGUGCCUCGAGAAAGGGAUCGAAUUUCAAGGCGAAUUAUUAAAUUUCAGGAAAGACGGAUCUCCACUAAUGAACAGGCUGCGCAUGACUCCAAUAUACGGCGACGAAGGAGCAAUAACGCACAUCAUCGGUAUACAGGUAUUCUCAGAAGUAACCCUCGACCUGGGCCCACUUCCAGGAUCCUCUGCCAAAGAAUCAACAACGAGAACACUCGACAGGUGUAGAAUCAACGUAUUUGAAGGGGCCCGCAAAAUCAGCAGCCGAGGAGGGUUUUGUGGGAUAAUGCAGUUAAGUGACGAAGUAAUCGCCAUGAAGAUCCUAUCACUUUUAACUCCGAGGGAUAUUGCUUCUGUUGGGUCAGUUUGUCUGCGUUUUUAUGAGUUAACCAAUAGCGAAGAUCUUUGGAGAAUGGUGUGUCAAAACGCGUGGGGCGUCGAAACUACUCGAGUUUUGGAAACUGUGCCCGGUGCUAAGAGGCUCGGGUGGGGCAGAUUGGCUAGAGAGCUGACCACUCUUGAGGCGGCAGCGUGGCGGAAACUAACCGUGGGUGGUGCUGUUGAACCCUCCCGCUGCAACUUCAGUGCCUGCGCCGUUGGGAACCGUGUGGUUGUUUUCGGUGGUGAGGGUGUUAAUAUGCAGCCGAUGAACGAUACUUUUGUUUUGGACCUCAACUCAUCGAAUCCCGAGUGGCAGCACGUCAAGGUUGGGUCACCGCCCCCCGGGCGGUGGGGCCACACGCUCUCGUCCAUGAGCGGGUCCCACCUAGUCCUCUUUGGUGGAUGUGGGAGGCAAGGGUUACUCAACGACGUGUUCGUAUUGGAUUUGGACGCGAAACUACCUACGUGGCACGAAAUCUUGAGCUUGGGCCCACCUGUUCCGAGAUCUUGGCAUAGCUCGUGCACACUCGACGGUACGAAGCUUAUAGUCUCCGGCGGCUGUGCCGACUCCGGUGUGCUCCUUAGCGACACGUUCUUGCUCGACCUGGCGGCGGAUAAGCCUGUCUGGCGGGAGAUUCCGGCGGCGUGGGCCCCGCCUUCAAGAUUAGGGCACACGCUGUCGGUUUACGGCGGGAGGAAAAUAUUGAUGUUCGGUGGGCUGGCGAAGAGUGGGCCGCUCAGGUUCCGGUCGAGCGACGUGUUCACGAUGGACUUGGGGGAGGAGGAGCCGCGGUGGAGGUGCGUGACGGGGAGCGAGAUGCCAGGCGGCGGGAAUCCAGGAGGGGUGGCUCCGCCGCCGAGGCUGGACCACGUGGCUGUGAGUUUGCCUGGCGGCAGGAUACUGGUGUUUGGCGGAUCUGUGGCGGGGCUGCACUCUGCUUCGCAGCUGUAUAUACUCGAUCCGACGGAGGAGUCGCCGACGUGGAGGAUACUGAAUGUGCCGGGGAGGCCGCCUAGGUUUGCGUGGGGACACAGUACGUGUGUUGUUGGAGGGACGAGGGCGAUUGUUCUUGGCGGUCAAACCGGGGAAGAGUGGAUGCUUGGUGAACUUAAUGAGCUUUCACUAGCAAGCUCUGUUUUAUAAAUUAAAAAGAAAAUGUGUAGAAUUUGAAGGGUUGAUAUAUGUAGAGAGUUUUAGCUUACAUAAAGUAUGUAUGUAUCUGCUUGUUCUUCAGGUUCUUUCUGUAAGGUUGAAACUUGUUAGAAACAUGAUAAGAAAGGAGUGGGAAUAUAUAUUGAGAUGUAUGUAUAAUUUAUGUUGGGUUUUUUUUUUC